AUCCGCAGGCGAUUCGGCUCGAAUGAAUAGAGGCUGAUCGAGUUGCGUUGUCCCUAUUGGUCCAUCCAUCUAUAUCAGGGCAACUUCUCACAGCGUGUACAUCCAUACUGCCAAACACGACAGGAAACAGUAUUUUUUAAGAAAGCAAAAAAGCAGAAGGCCAGUUGAGGAUAUAGCAAGAGAAGGCUAAGUGAAAUGAAGGUCACGUGGUUAGCUUGCCUUCUCGCCUUGGGGCUGACCCUCGAUCUGGUGAGCGCGCGCACAAUUUCCACGGUCAAGUACGCAGUCAUGUUUGACGCAGGCUCAAGUGGCACUCGCUGCAAGGUCUACAAGCUGCAGACGGUCCACUCUCUUCGCAUCAGUGACGUCUCGCAGAUAAAAGUUCCUAAACCGAACAAAGCUACGCCUGGACUGAGCUUUUUUGGGGAUAGCCCCUCUGGAGUCGGUCCCUAUUUGCAGCCGCUGAUUGACGCCGCUAUCAAUGCGGUCCCUUCUCAGUACCAGUCCCAGGCUCCCGUGUACGUGUUCGCGACUGCAGGCAUGCGCCUCCUCCCGGAUAAUAAGAGAGCAGCUGUUAUCCGUGCGGUGGAGCAAAUGCUGUCCAACUCCAGCAAGUCGCCAUUUCUCUUCCAGACGGGCAACAUUAAGGUAAUAAGCGGAAAAGACGAGGCGAUUUAUGACUGGGUGACGGUGAACUUCCUCAUGGGUGUACUCACCGGGGAGUCCAGCACCGAGUAUGGCGCACUCGAGAUGGGAGGAGCUUCCAGUCAGAACGCCUUCGAGGUUCCCGUCAAUCAACUUCACACUGCAAUUCUUAACCUCCGGCACGGGACACGCCAGCUUUACGCGCACAGCUACCUGGGAUACGGCGAGUCCGAGGCUCGCAAGAAACUUAACCGGUUUCUUGUGAAUGAAAUGUUGAAAAAGGACCCCAAUGCCCCAAGUGAGUUUGUGAAUCCCUGUUUCAACUCCAACUUCCAGAAGAUGGUGGCAGUUGAUGGCAGGGUGUACUUUACGAAGGGCGGAUUCCAUCGCGCUACUAGUUCAGAAUGCCGCUCCCUUAUCAAGAAAGUGUUCUUCUGUCGUGACGGCGACACCACAAGGUGUCCGUUCAAACUACAGCCACGUCUUCAAGGCAAGUUCUAUAGCUUUAGCGUGUUCACCUACGCUUUGCGGGAUACCGGGGUCGUGUCGACGAAUGGGCAAAGAGUCUCUCUGGAGAAUAUUAAAGAUGUCUUAGUCAACUGGUGUUCUCGCCCCCUGACUGUAGUCGAGCUCAACAACCCUUACACGCCUUAUCAGUGCUUCCAGUUGAACUUCAUAUACAGCAUGCUCACCGAUGGAUAUCGCGUCGACGAUUCAUUCGAGCUCUACAACGGCGACAGCAUUCACGGCUUCGACCUGAACUGGGCUCUAGGGGCAACUCUUAUAGCGCUGAACGCUCUUUGAUCAACACAAAGAAGCCCUUUUGAUUUUAUGGGUAUCUCAUGGGUAAUUGUAAAUGAUUGUGAUAUCGGUAACGGAUGAGAAUAUAAUUACUUGUAUUUCAUUCAAA